AUGGCCUCUGUACCUUCUUAUCAAUACUCUGCCCUCCCCGAUUCGAAACGCUACAUCCGACUCCUAGCUCUCAGCUCAAGCAUGGACGAGCUCCACGGCUCACUAGAAACCGUCUCCGUCUCAGAAGCACCACCAUACGAAGCCUUGUCGUACGCUUGUGGUGACGAACUUCCCACAUCAUCUCUCGUCUGCAACUCCGCCAGCCUUGUCGUCACACCGCAUCUGCUGGAAGGCGUACGGCAGAUUCGAGAUACCGUUGGCCCUACCAGACUUUGGAUCGACGCCAUCCGCAUUAACCAAAUCGAUGUCGAUGAGAAGGCCGGUCAGAUUCCGCUAAUGACCCAGAUUUAUUCCCAGACCACCCGGGUUCUGGUCUGGUUAGGACCAGCGGGCGGUGACAGUGACGGGGUGAUGGACGAGAUAUGGCCGCUGCUCGAUAAGCUCCAAGCGGUGAAUGAGCCCCUCGGACGUGGCGACUAUGUCCAAGCCAGCAUUCCCGCAGAGGACGGCCACUUUUGUCAUUCCUGGGUCCGGUUCUGGAGCAGGUCUUGGUUUAAGCGGCUAUGGGUUCUACAAGAAGUUGUUUUGGCCAGAGACAUACUUUUCGUCUGCGGAAAUCGAAUCAUUGAGUUCAACAUUUUGAACUCACUUACUUUGAGAGCUUGCAGGACUGGGAUUAUCAGCUAUACUCAAAGUUUCGCUGACGGGGUAAAAGGCUACAUGGUCCUUGCGAAUCUGCAUCCCCAGCGAGAAAGUUGGAGAAACAAGACACUACACUCUUCACAUCUACUCCGGAAGGCGAGGUCGUUCAAGGUACGCGAGCCUGUAGACCGAAUGUAUGCACUGCAUGGCAUCAUGGAGGAUUGGAUCCGAGAAACACUCCGAAUCGAUUACUCAGCUGAGGCACAACGAGAGUAUUGGAGGCUGUAUGUGUCGAUUGAAAAGCUCAUACUGGAAAAUAUCGGACUUGACAUUCUCAGCACUGCUGAAUCUUACAAACGACCUCUGGAGUUGCCCUCCUGGGUCCCCAACUGGCACAGCCUUCCGCCGACACAGUACACUGCCAAUGGCCGAUCACUCUUAUGCUGGCUUCUACCUGAAUGA